UAUUCUUUUUCUAUCAAAUAAUAUGUUUGAAGGAGAAGUUCCAAAAGCCAUUGGAGUGUUGAAGUCUCUCAAAGGGCUUAACAUUUCACACAAUAAAAUCACUGGUACCAUUCCACUGUCAUUGGGUAAUUUAACAAAUUUGGAAUGGUUGGACCUCUCAUGGAACCAACUGAAGGGUAAGAUUCCCAUGACUCUGACAAAUUUGAAUUUUCUUUCUUUCUUGAACCUUUCACAAAAUCAAUUGGAGGGAGUGAUACCUACGGGUGGACAGUUUAACACAUUUGAUAAUAUUUCCUAUGUUGGAAAUCCACUGCUGUGUGGAUUCCCCUUGUCAAGAUCUUGCAAAGGGAAUAAAGAAAGGUCAAGAGAUUCAACAUUUGAUAAAGAAGAAUCAGGAUUUGGGUGGAAAGCCGUUGUAAUCGGAUAUGGAUGUGGGAUGAUCUUUGGAAUAAUACUGGGUUAUAAUGUAUUCUUGACUGGAAAACCCCAAUGGCUUGCAAGACUCGUUGAAAUUGUGUUUAAUAUGAGACUGCCCAGAACAAGAAAGGGUGUAAUUCGUUUGGGAAGAAAUUAGUUUAAUGUUUUAUGUGUGUUCAACUGAUUGUCUGUAUUUUCUUUUUUAUAAAACUUGUC